AUGCCGUUCGAGGACAUUCCGGGCCCGAAGGUGUACCCGCUCGUUGGCAACCUGUUCGAGUUCUUCAAGUACCCGAACAAGGUCCACCUGCUGUACGACGAGUGGUUCCGCACCUACGGCCCGAUAUUCAAGUACACGGUCGCCGGGAAGACCUCGGUGAUGGUCUCAGACCCCUCAGACAUCGAAAAGGUCUUCAAGUUCAAGCCGCAGGAGGCCAACCGCGGCAUGCAGGAGCCCUUCGUGCACUACAGGGACAAGAACAACCUCCCGAGGGGACUCUCGCAGACCCAGGGCGAGGAGUGGCGCCGCAACCGCGGCGUCGCGGACAACAUGUCGAAGCCGCGCAUCGUCGACAGCUACGUCCCGCGCGUCCAGGACAUCGCGGCCGAGUACGCCGCGGCCGUGGCCGCUGCCAGCGAGGCGAACGGCGGGUCGCUCGAUGCGGCCGCGGUGCGCGAGCGGUCGCAGAUGUUCUCCCUGGAGGCGAUCGUCUCGAUCCUGCUGAACCUGCGCAUGGGGGCGUUGCAGCCCAACCCCCCCGCCGCGACGGGGGAGUUCGCGGCGGCCGUUGAGGGCAUGUUCCGGGCGGGCGAGAAGUUCAUGUUCUCGCUGUGGCCGUGGGACCGCAGCACGGCCCUCGAGGAGUCGGACCAGGCGUGGGACGACGUCUUCCGCAUCGCGCGCAAGUUCAUCGCGCGGGAGGUGCCCGUGAUGCGCGAGAUCGACGACGGCUCGCCGUCCUUCUUCGACAUCAUGGCGUCCACGGGCAAGCUCAGCGACCAGGAGCUCGAGGUCAUGAAGAUGGAGCUCGUCGCCGCGGGCGUGGACACCACCUCGAGUGCCAUGGUGAACAUCUUGUGGGCGCUCGCGCGCUCGCCCGAGUGGCAGGACCGCGUCUUCCAGCAGGCGUGCGAGGCCCUCGACUGGGACGGCACGGGCGACGUCCCAGCGAUCGAGGACCCCGCCGCGCUCCGCGAGCGCCUGCCGGUCCUCAACCACGUCGUCUCCGAGGGCCUCCGCCUGCACCCCGUCGUGCCGCUCAACCUCCGCAUCCUCGACGAGGACAUCGUCCUGCGCGGCUACCGCAUCCCCGCCGGCCACGAGAUCAUGCUGUCGGUGUACUCCACGGGUCGCAUGGCCGAGCACGUCGGCACGGACGCAGAGCGGUUCAACCCGGGCCGGUUCGCUCUGAGCAACCCGUCGCGGCCGUCGCGGUUCGCGACGGCGGGGUUCGGCGCCAUGGCGCGGCAGUGCGCCGGGAAGGCGAUCGCGGAGAUGCAGUUGGAGAUGGUGGUGCUCAACAUGGUGCUGCGGUACCGGCUGUCGGUGCGCGGGGGGCAGCCGGAGAUGGUCACGCGGAUGAUCAUGAACAUGGACCUGGACUCGCUCGGCCCGCUCGUGAUCGAGCGCCGCAGCUGA